AUGGUCAAGGAGACGAAGCUCUACGACACCCUCAACGUCAAGCCUGAGGCUACUCAGGACGAGAUCAAGAAGGGAUACAAAAAAGCGGCUUUGAAAUGGCACCCAGACAAGAACAAGGACAGCCCCGAUGCGUCUGAAAAGUUUAAAGAAUGUUCACAAGCCUACGAGAUCCUCUCCGAUCCCGAGAAGCGCAAGAUCUAUGACCAGUAUGGUCUCGAGUUCCUCCUUCGCGGCGGUGCAGCACCACCACCCGAGGGCGCUGCUGGUGGCAAUCCCUUCGCCGCUGGUGGCAUGCCUGGUGGUUUCAACGGGUUCAACUUCGAAGGCGGUAUGCCUGGUGGAGGUGGAGGCACCCGAACGUUCCAUUUCAACACUGGUAGUGGCGGCGCUGGCGGCUUUGGCUUCAGCAACCCAGAAGACAUCUUUGCCGAGUUUAUGCGCAGCGGAGCCACUGGUGGCAUGCACGGCGGUGCCGAUGAGGAUGACAUCGCCGGUAUGUUUGGUGGUUAUGGCGGCGGUGCUCGAAGCCGCGCUUCACGCGCGCGCUCAGGCUUUGAAACUCGACCUAGAGAUGCAACCCCCGAAGUCACCACCGUUGAGAGACCUUUACCUUUGACUCUUGAGGAGCUUUUCAACGGUGUUACCAAGAAGAUGAAGAUCAAGCGUAAGACGUACGAUGAAACCGGAAAGCGAGUACAGACGGAUCAGAUCCUCGAGGUUCCCAUCAAGCCGGGCCUGAAGAAGGGCUCCAAGAUCAAGUUCAACGGAGUUGGUGAUCAAGUUGAAGGAGGUCGCCAGGACCUACACUUCAUUGUCGAAGAGAAAGAACACCCUCUUUACAAGCGUGAGGACAACGACCUUGUCCACGUCGUAACACUUGAGCUCAAGGAGGCCUUGUGUGGAUGGCGAAGGACGGUGACUACUAUUGACGGCAAGCAAAUCAACCUCGAGAAGGGAGGUCCCACUCAGCCCAACAGUGAGGAGCGGUACCCUGGUCUGGGUAUGCCCAUCUCUAAGAAGCCCGGCCAGCGAGGCGACUUUGUUGUCAAGUACAAGAUCAAUUUCCCAGCAAGCUUGACUGCCGAUCAGAAGCAGAAGUUGAAGGAGAUUCUGUAG